ACGAAUAUGCCGUCCACCAAGGCGGUAGCGCCGCUGAAAGAUGAGCUGGACAUCGUGAUCCCGAUUAUCCGAAACCUGGACUUCCUGGAGAUGUGGAGGCCCUUCUUCGAGCAGUACCAUCUCAUCAUCGUCCAGGACGGCGACCCCUCCAAGACCAUCCAUGUGCCGGAGGGGUUCGACUACGAGCUCUACAACCGCAACGACAUCAACCGCAUCCUCGGCUCCAAGGCCUCCUGCAUCUCCUUCAAGGACUCCGCCUGCCGCUGCUUCGGAUUCCUCGUCUCUAAGAAGAAGUACAUCUUCACCAUUGACGACGACUGCUUAGUUGCAAAAGAUCCAAGUGGGAAAGAUAUCAAUGCAUUGACUCAACACAUACAGAAUUUGAUAACUCCAGCAAUACCAUUUUACUUCAAUACAAUGUAUGACCCCUAUGGAGAAGAUGCUGACUUCGUCCGUGGCUACCCCUUGAGCCUUAGGGAAGGAACGCCAACCGCCGUCUCCCACGGACUCUGGCUCAACUACCCCGACUAUGACGCCCCAACUAAGCUUGCCAGACCUCUACAGCGCAACACUAGGUAUGUGGAUGCUGUCCAAACAAUUCCUAAGGGAAACCUGUUCCCAAUGUGCGGAAUGAACCUUGCAUUUGACAGGGAGCUCAUUGGCGCUGCCAUGUAUUUCGGUCUCAUGGGCGAUGGCCAGCCAAUCGGGAGUUACGGAGACCUGUGGGCUGGAUGGUGCACUAAGGUGAUCGCUGACCAUUUUUGUUUGGGGGUGAAAACGGGGCUGCCUUAUAUCAUGCACAGCAGGGCUGGCAACCCAUUUGUGAAUAUGAAGAAGGAAUACAGAGGAAUGUUCUGGCAAGAGGAGAUCGUCCCCUUCUUCCAUUCUGUUGUUUUCCCCAGGGAAUGUACAACCGUGCAGAAAUGCUACAUUGAGCUGUCGAAGAUGGUGAAAGAGAAGCUCGUCCAUCUUGAUCCCCCCUACUUCCAGAACCUGGCUGAUGCUAUGGUCACCUGGAUUGAGGCUUGGGAUGAGCUCAACUCUGCUGCAGCUGCUGCGGUUGCUCCUGUUGACAACAAGGAUGCUUCUUCUUCGGCCGAUACACAGGAGAGUGAGAGUUGGUAUUCUAAUUAUAUAGAAUCAUGUCUAGGGAGAAUUCGAAUUGAUAAUCUGUCUAAGAGGAACUCGCAAAGGUUUCAUUAUACAAAACUGAAUCAGUAUGAUGAAUGA